AUGUAUCUAGACUUCACUACCAAUCUAGGUCUGAGCUCACUUUUGACCACUGUGCUCUCCGUUUUUACGCCCAGCAAGCAGGCUAGUGUUCUCCAUCAGCCUGUUCUUCCUCCAUCUUAUCCAUUGGCAGUGCGAAGCCCAUACCUAUCAACAUGGAUACCGAGCGAUCAAGUCGGGAGACUCCCUGAGGCCGAGCCACAGUUCUGGACUGGCCAGAAUCUCACCUGGUCUAUUAUGGCUCGUGUAGAUGGCCAGGCUUAUAGUCUGAUGAACGUUAAGGGUUCUGAUAAACUCAUACGCCCUGCUACUGUUCGCAGUGCGGAAUACACUGCCACGCACUCCAUCUUCACUCUCACUGCUGGCUCGGUGACUAUCACACUAGAUUUCCUUUCGCCCAUCUCGCCCUAUAACUACCUUCGCCAGUCCCUACCAUUCAGUAAGGCUGGCUAUUUGACAGUCUCGGUUUCUGGAGCGUCAUCCAACAAUGUUCAGAUCUACUCGAGCAUUGACAAAAGCUGGACAGGAAAAUCAGACUCUACGUCUUGUAGCUUUCUUCAUGCAAAUGCUACUGCUAUGUACUCCUUGCGAUCGGAGAAUGCAAUUCCGUACUCCGAGGAAAGUGACAUGGCAACUUGGGGCGAAGCAAUCCUAGCCUCUCAAUCUACUUUAGACUCAAGCCUGUCCCAUGCCUCGGGAGAACGAAAGGAUGUGCAGUCCCAAUUCGCGAGAAUCGGAAAGCUAAAUGAUGCCAACCAGUUCUUGACGCCCGAGGGUAUUGUUGCUGUUGUUCAUGACUUGGGAUCUGUUGUGAACGCGCAGUCAGUAACUUUUGCCGUCGGGCAUGUGCGCGAAGAGUCAAUCAACUACUUAGGGAGACCGUAUACAGGAUACUACCGAGCCUUGUACCCCAGCACAGAGCAAGCAGUUGCGUACUUCUUGAAAGAUUACCCCGAUGCUCUUCGAGAGUCACAUGCCCUUGAUUUGGAGAUGGCUAAACAGGCGGCCGCCAUUGCAGGGCAGAAGUACGCUGACAUUGUAACUUUGUCGAGUCGGCAAGCCUAUGCAGGGAUUGAGAUUACCAUUCCUAACGACACGCUGGACAUCACAGAUGUGUUGGCGUUCAUCAAAGAACUUUCCAGCGAUGGCAACAUCAACACGGUGGACGUCAUCAUGCCUGCUUUCCCCAUCUACUAUAUUCUGGACCCAAACUAUAUCCGACUUCUGCUAGAGCCCAUGAUGAGGUAUCUCGCCGCCGGACGCUGGCGGCAAUCUUAUGUGAUCCAUGAUAUGGGCUCACAUUACCCGAAUGCAGUUGGCCACGACAAUCAACAAGCAGAACCAAUGCCAAUUGAGGAAUGUGGCAACCUAUUGGUUCUCGUGCUCGCCUAUGUUCGGGCUACGGGAGAUACAGACUGGGCGUCCCAGUAUACCGAGCUUCUCAAAGGCUAUGCAGAUUAUUUGGUCGACAAUGGCAUCGAUAUAGCUGAGCAGCUGUCUUCUAACGACGCCGCUGGACCUCUGGCCAACGAGACUAACCUUGCGAUCAAGGCUGCCGUGGGCAUCAAGGCUUUCGGGGAGCUGACUGGCUUCUCCGAAUACUCGCGUAUUGGUGACGAAAGAGCCGAGUUGCUGUUCUCUCGGGGACUGGGGAUUGACGCGCACAAGACACACUUUGCGCUGCAGUACCCAGGGAAGCCGGCCUCCUGGAAGAUCCCGUACAAUCUUUACCCUGAUGUGUUAUUAGGCCUACGCACCUUUCCCAAGGCCGCAUACGACAUGGGAAAUACUUUCUUUAGAUCGGUCCGAGCCGAGUAUGGUGUACCCUUGGAUGAUCGACAGGACUGGGCCAAGUCGGACUGGAACAUGUGGCUGGCUGGGACGUUGGACUCCACAACCCGCGAUGAGUUCGUUGACGACUUGUGGAGAUAUAUGACCAACGGCAAGCAUCACUGGCCGUUUUCCGAUCGCUACGUUGCCACAUCAGCCAAAGGUGGUCGCUCUGGGGUCCCUGUCUUGUGUCGAGCGCGGCCUACAGUGGGAGGACAUUUUGCUUUGCUGGCACUGCAGGGUCCUCGUUGUCUGCAGCAGGCCGUGUAUAGAAGACUUGGAGUGCUGAAGGAAGGGAACGCGUACGAGCAAGCCGGGGAUGUCGUUGUGUUGCCAAACCCGGCAAACCAAACCUCUCUUGGGUUGUCCGUUGCUUCAACCACUCACUGCUUGCUGGCUGUUGCUGUUCUCCUCCUCCCAACUCCCCCAUCUUCCCUCACUUACUCCCACUUUCCACUCUUCUUCUUCUUUCCCCGUCCUCCUCACAACUUUGGUCCUCAAGGCUAUCCGCUUCCCAACGGUGCUGUCACUUCUGGUCCUGUCCCCGGCGCCACCCCUCUACUCCCUAAUAAUGGCCGCGUCUUGCAAAAUGGUCCCGUCAGAGUCCUGUGUAUCGCUGAUGUUCGAGGAAAUCUCAAGUCUUUGAAUGAAUUGGCUAGACAGGCUCGUGCAGACCACAUUAUCCACACUGGUGACUUUGGUUUCUACGAUGAUACCUCGCUGGAGCGCAUUGCGGACAAGACCUUGAAGCACGUGGCCCAAUACUCACCUUUGCUACCGGAGAAUGUGAAGCGGACGAUCGCCCAAACCCCUCCCCAGCAGUCGAUCAAGCAACGAUUCACUCCCGACCAGCUUCCCCUUUCAGAACUCUCCAUGCUACUGGACAAGCGGCUGACUCUCGAUGUUCCGGUGUACACUGUCUGGGGUGCCUGUGAAGAUGUCCGCGUGUUGGAGAAGUUCCGCUCGGGGGAGUACAAGGUCAACAACCUUCACAUCAUCGAUGAGGCCAACUCGCGACUGCUAGACAUCGGUGGCGUCAAGCUGCGUCUGCUGGGUCUGGGUGGUGCUGUCGUGAUGCACAAGCUAUUCGACAAUGGCGAGGGCAAGACUACGAUUGCGGGCGGUCAAGGUACCAUGUGGACGACCCUCUUGCAAAUGGGCGAGUUGAUCGACACGGCCAACCGUGUGUAUGACCCGUCUGAGACCCGCGUCUUCGUCACGCACGCCUCUCCCGCCCGUGAGGGCAUGCUGAACCAACUAUCCGUCACCCUCAAAGCCGACUUCUCCAUCUCCGCCGGUCUGCACUUCCGUUACGGCUCUUCCUACAAUGAAUUCUCCGUCAACCCCUCGCUGGAUCACUACCGCGGCAAGCUGGCUGCUUCCAAGGCCUCAUUCAACGAUGUGUGGGAGACUGUCCGUGGAGAGGUCGAGACCGCCAUUUCCCAGAACGAAGCCCAGAAGACUCUUCUGGACAACGCCCUGGAGGUGGUCAACCGGAUGCCUACUGUUGCUAACGGCGGUAAUCCCUUCGGUGGGCCUGCUGCUCCCGGCAACGCGGCCGGUCAGGUGGACGAGAGUGCGUUCAAGAACAUGUGGAACUUCAACUUGGCGGAUGCAGCUUUCGGUUUCCUCGUGCUAGAGAUUGAGGCCGGCCGCAUUGCGACCGAAAUGCGCGCACAGGGUUUUAACUUCGCUCACCGCACUGGAAAGCCCCAGCCUGUGGCCCCUACCCAGGCCGCCCCCGUCCCUGCUGCUGGUCCUCCCGCCAGCGUCGCCUCCCCCCGCAUUCCCGGCGCUGCUCCUCAGUUCGGUCAGGUGCAGCCAGUUUCUGGACGUCCUGGUGCCCCAGCACAGCAACCCCCUCAGCCCGCCCAGGCCAAGGCCUCUGCCACCGCUCCCGCCCGCACCUCCCCGGCUCCUGUGAUUCCCAAGCCUGCUACUCCUCAGCCUCCUAGCGCUCCUGCCGGCCAGUCCGUAGCCUCCCCCGAGAGAGCCGCUGCCACCGAGGCUAACGGCACCGCUCAGCCUGAGAAGCCGUCCGAGUCUCCCUUGCCUAAGCCUGAGAAGAAGGCAAGCAACGGCCUCUUCGUCUCUAACGUCGACAACGAGCAAGCCGUGCGCGAUCUCUUCCCCGAGGAAGACCAGGCCAAGAUGGUACGAGUGGAGAAGUGGGGCAAGUUCAACCACGUUGUGACCUUUGCGACCGUUGAAGAGGCCAAGGCCGCGCUGGAGCGCCAGCCCGCGGACCACAAGAAGCCCAGCCCACCUGGUCAGCCCCGCAAGCCCAACAUUAAGUUCUUCGAGGAUCGCGGCAGCCACCGUGGCAAUGCCGGCACAUGGCAGAGCAGCACCCGCGGCGGUGGCAGCUCCUCUCAGCGCGGAUACCAGAGCGGUGGUGCUAGCGAUAGUGAAACCAACCGGGGCCGUGGAUUUGGAGGACGAGGCCGUGGCCGGGGUGAUCGAGGCGGUCGCAGCGGCCGGGGCGGUCGUGGUGGCUUCAACAAGGGUGGGCCAUCCGAGUCCUCGGCUGGGGAUAACAAGCCCGCUGCCGCAGCUGGGGGCGAUGCUUGA